AUGGAGGACAAAGAAAACAACCCAACAUGCAGAGAUGUUCCGAGUCUCCUCUCCUCCUUUGUCGACACUUUCGUCGAUUUCACUGUCAGUGGUGGCCUCUUCUUGCCCCCUCUAGACCCUAAUUUCCGAGAUUCUUCAAAUCACCAAACUACAACUCCUGAUGGAAACUUCAAUUUGCAAACCCAUUACCCCACUCCUGACCGUCUGAUUGCAAUCGGCGAUUUACACGGUGAUUUAGAGAAGUCCAAACAAGCGCUCAGGCUGGCGGGGUUGAUUGAUGCAUCUGAUAGGUGGUUUGGUGGGUCUGCCACGGUGGUUCAGAUAGGCGAUGUGCUUGACAGAGGAGAUGAUGAGCUGAAAAUUCUCUACUUUUUGGAGAAAUUGAAGAGAGAAGCCGUAAAAAGUGGAGGCAAUUUGAUUACUAUGAAUGGGAACCAUGAGAUUAUGAAUGUAGAAGGGGAUUUUAGGUAUAUGACAAAGUUAGGGUUAGAGGAGUUCACGAAUUGGGCUUAUUGGUAUUGCUUAGGUGACAAAAUGAAGAGUUUGUGCGUAGGACUGGAGAAGCCGAGGGAUAUCUUUGAUGGGAUUCCUUUAACUUUUCGAGGAGUUAAAGAAGAGUAUUUUCAUGGUAUGAGAGCUAGAAUAGCUGCAUUGAGACCUAAUGGCCCAAUAGCCAAUAGAUUUUUGUCAAAGAAUUUGACUGUGUUGGUUGUUGGGGAUUCAGUUUUUGUUCAUGGAGGUUUAUUAGCAGAACAUGUGGACUAUGGGUUGGCGAGGAUGAAUAAGGAGGUUAGUGAUUGGAUUACUGGGUUAACGCAAAAAUCUGCACCUCUGUAUUGCAGAGGGAGGAAUGCUGUUGUUUGGUUGAGGAAGUUCUCCGAUGAGGUUGCUAGGAACUGUGAUUGUGCAGCUCUGGAACAUGUUCUUGCUACAAUUCCUGGGGUGAAGAGGAUGAUUAUGGGGCACACUAUUCAGGAGGCUGGCAUUAAUGGAGUUUGUGAAAAUAAGGCAAUAAGGAUUGAUGUGGGUAUGUCAAGAGGGUGCACUAAUGGGUUGCCUGAAGUUUUGGAGAUCAAUGGGAAUUCCGAGUUACGGGUGCUGACAUCCAAUCCAUUGUAUCACAAUAAGUACAAGGCUUAUGUGGAUGAUGAUAGGAAGCAGGGCCUUGGGUUGCUUAUACCAGAAAGCAGACCAAAACAAGUGGAAGUGAAGGCUUAAGAGUUUGUUCAUCUGAACUUUAUCAAUGCUUUGCCAGUGGGAAUUAAACCAUAGAUGGAUGAGAUGAACGUUGUUUAGGGGAUCAGGAAUUGUAAACCAUUGCUUAGAAUAGAUUCAUUGUUAAAAAAUAAACUUACAUGAGUAAAAGCUUACUCAGAAGAUGUGCGUUUUUGACAAUUUAAAAUUUACACUCCUGCUGUAAUUGUUUCUACAAAAAAUUCUCUUCCUUGUGGAUUAACAAUGAGAAAUUUGUGCCUUUACCUUGAAAAUAAUGAAUAUUCUUGAUCCAAAGUUAUCCUAAAUGAAUUAGAUUAGUUACACGUGUACUA